CGAGCCCCAUUCAAUAUUCAAUAUCCCUUGUCUUCAUAUACGCCACUCUUCUCUGUCUCUCUAUACUCUUAACUCAGAUCGACUAGGCCAAAUUCACUUCCAAUGGCCGGAUUUUUCUCAAAUUUCCGGCGAAGUUACCUCACAAUCUACAAUUGGACCGUAUUCAUCGGAUGGUUACAAGUAUUUUACCUUUCUGUGAUGACGCUGAAACAAUCCGGCCACGAACAUGUCUACGCCACCGUUGAGAAGCCGCUGCUCUGGGCACAAUCCGCUGCUGUAUUCGAGAUUCUACACGGCCUAAUUGGAUUGGUCAGAUCUCCGGUCAGUGCUACGCUGCCCCAAAUUAGCUCCAGAUUGUACGUGGUGUGGGGGAUUUUGUGGAGUUUUCCUGAACUAAGGACUCAUUUUUUCGUGAGUUCACUGGUGAUUAGUUGGUCAAUUACUGAAAUUAUUCGAUAUUCGUUUUUCGGGUUGAAGGAAGCUUUUGGUUCUGCUCCAUCCUGGCUGCUUUGGCUGAGGUACAGCACCUUUCUUAUACUGUACCCUACGGGAAUUUCAAGUGAAGUGGGUUUGACAUACAUUGCGCUGCCUUACAUGAAGGAAUCAUUGAAAUACAGUAUAAGCAUGCCUAACAAAUGGAAUUUUUCAUUCGAUUACUAUUACUUGGCACUUGGGAUUCUCGGCGUUUAUGUUCCGGGAAGUCCUCAUUUGUACGGAUACAUGCUUGGCCAGAGGAAAAAGGCACUUGCCAAAGCCAAAAGUGAGUAGAUUCCAAUCUCGAAUCUGCAUUGAAUUCUGGGUUAAGGAAUUGGCUCUGAAUAAUUUAGUUCUUGUAGAUCUGUGUGUUUUCAAAGAUUUGGAUCCAAUUGAUAUGAUGUAAUAGCUCCGUACCUUUGAUCGUGAUUCUUGAACUACUUUCUACAUACACUUGACCCCGUUUAAAAUCGGUUUUCUAUUUGCUAUUUUCGAUAA